AUGUUCAUGAUCAGGAAUGUUUCGAAACUUCUCUUUGGAGAGACCUCAAAGCAGGAUCUUCUGCAGAUUGACAGCGGCCAGUUGUAUCUUAUUCGGCCUAGAAGCCCCAAAGGGUAUUCCGAGUGCAUAUUUAAAGAAUCAACAGCAUUCAUUCGCAGAACUUCCACCCCACAUCACUAUCAACUUGUAAUCCAGCGUGUUUUCGAAGAAGGUGAAGAGACGCUCCAAGAAGAGAGCGAAGAUGAAGAUGCGGACAUGAAUGACAGGGUGUUCCUCCUCGACGAAAGUCUCCAUUUCCGCUCCGUAUUUAGAGAUGGACAGGCUGUUUUUGCCUGGAACGACCUUUUAGGAGACCCCGACGACACAUUUGAAUUUGUCUGUGAUACAGCGACACAACCUGGUCAAGUCAAUACUUUCGAGAUCGUUGCCAUGCAAUGUCAGUUCGAACGGAAAUAUAAGCGAUCCUACGAGAAUGCUACCGAUGCAGACCUCGAACAAUUCUCCUUCUCUACACCAACGAUUCCACCAAUCGUUCGGCCAACAUCUCCUAAGGCAGCGCAAGAGCAAACCCCAACCUCCCAUAACAAAAACGAUGUAUCGCUCCCCAAGGAGUCACUUCAUACUCCGCGCAUUGUACGAACGGAAACCAAUGAACAGGAACGCGAUGAAACUAAGCACCAAAGGGAUUUGCCUAUCCUAACAAAGGAACUUGUCGAGCUUCACUUGUAUGAUACGGAUUCAGGAACAUUUAUCUUGCAAGAUAGUGAACUGGAAGCAUGCGUUUUUGAUAAUGGCGGAUGGAAAUAUACCCUAGAAGUUGCAAACCCAGGAAAGGAUGUUUGGGUGACCCAAGUUAUUGUACCGGAUAUUUCUCCGGUGUUCAAUUUUGAUUACCUUUCUUUCAUAUUCAAUGCUUACCAGGACGAGCAUGCGCCAUUUUCUUGGUUGCUACGUUUCCGUGACAUGCCAUCUCUGGAACGGUUUCAAGAAGGGCUGAUGCGCGGCUUAUGGGAACACUUGAAUGAAACUAGUUGGCUCAAAGCGAAAUCCGAUGACCGGGACUACAUUGUCGAGGCCUUCCAGGAUAUAACGAUGUCAGAUGUUUCAGAGGAGGAGGAGGAAGUUGGAUUCGAAGCUGAAAAUGUUGAGGAAGAAGACAAUCCAGACGACGUGUCAUUUGAUGAAACCACACAAUUCCCUGACGACGGGACACACGAAGAAAAUAGCCAGCUAGCUGUCGGCACUCAAUCUGACCGCUCGUUUGUAAUAAGGGGAAGUCGAAUAGGGGUGUUCAAGCAUACUCCCUCGAACCACCUGGAAUUCUCGACCACAAUAAAUAAGGUCCAAACCCCGAAGGGAAAGGCCUUUCAACCGAAGAAGGUGAUGUUACAUGCCGGGGAUUCUUCCAUGAUAUUGCAAAAUCCGUCAAAUGCGCAUAGUGUCUUCAAGAUGGAUAUUGAAACGGGUAAAAUCGUUGACGAAUGGAAGGUCCACGAUGACAUACCCAUCAUCAAUUAUGUCCCGGAAAAUAAAUUUGCGCAAUUGACAAAUGAGCAAACCUUCAUUGGCCACUCCAAAAAUGCGAUCUUCCGGGUGGACCCUAGAAUCAGCGGGAAUAAAAUGGUGGACUCAGAGCUAAAACAAUAUUUAUCGAAGAAUGAAUUCUCAGCAGCUGCUACGACGGAAAAGGGAUAUAUCGCGGUGGCUUCGAAUAAAGGCGAUAUACGUUUAUUCGACAGACUUGGAAUUAAUGCAAAAUCGCACCUCCCAGCUUUAGGCGACCCUAUAGUUGGAAUCGAUGUAUCGGCUGAUGGCCGCUGGAUUCUGGCCACCUGCAGGACCUAUCUUCUUCUAGUCGACGCAAAACAAGAGACUGGAAAAAAUGCAGGGAAAUUAGGUUUCGAGAAAGGGUUUGGGAAGGAUGCGAAGCCAAAACCUCGAAGGCUGGCUCUAUCGCCCAGUCAUGUUGCCCAGUUUCAACAUGAGACAAAAAUGCCACUCAGCUUUACGAUCGCUAAAUUCAACACCGGUUUAAAUACUGAGGAAACGUCUGUUGUGGCCUCCACCGGCCCUUUUAUUAUUACAUGGGACCUAAAGAAGGUCCUGAAGGGCUCGAAAGAGCCGUAUUCCAUUCGACGUUACUCAGAAGAGGUCAAGGCAGAUAAUUUUAGAUUCGGGAGUGACAAGAGUGUUAUUGUUGCCUUGCCGCAGCAAGUUGACAUGGUAGCAAAAGGAUCUUUCAAAAAGGCUACUCGGCAAUCUAUUGCAACACCGGUGAAGCAGCUAAGGUCCAGAAGUUCGAUUGUCAAUUCUCCCUAUUAG